AAUAUAUCUACCACUCAAAAUAUUCAACCUUUUCUACUUUUAUCAAAAUCUGUCAAGGGUGCCGCCAAUGCCAAACUCAUCAUGGAUACUUUAGAAGCACCAGGUGUUUAUGUUUUCUCGGAACUAUAUGAAUCGCCUAAUCUUAUUGAAGCUUCGUCAUUACCUGAAGUUAAACCAUAUUAUGCUCUGUUGGAACUCUUCCUUUAUGGUACUUAUCAAGAAUAUAUAGCGAAUGCUGCUCAAUUACCGUCAUUGACACCUACGCAGUUGGUCAAGCUUAAACAUCUCACGAUUGUCACACUAUCUGAAAACAGUCGAACGUUAGCCUAUGAUGAUUUGUUACGUAGUUUGGAUAUAGCGACAGUACGAGAAUUGGAAGAUUUAAUCAUUGACGCGAUCUACCAGGGGGUGCUCAGUGGUAAACUAGAUCAACGCAAACAGCAAGUACAAGUAGAUACAGCGAUGGGACGGGAUCUACGACCAGGACAAUUGGACGAUAUGAUUGAACGUAUGGUGACAUGGACACAACAAACACAUACUAUGAUGCAAGUGAUGGAGGACAAGAUACAAGAUGUAUUGAAACAAGUCAAUGACAACGAUACAGCUCGGAAUCAAUAUGAACAGGCAGUGGCUGAUAUUCGGAAGGAUGUCCAUUCAAAAAACAAGCAGACCAUGUUGGAAUUGGAUUCGACUUCA